GUUGGUGUUGGAGACAGAGAUGCACUAAAAUCUCUCCCUUAAUCUCUGUCAGGCAGGAACUUGGACGAUCCCCAUGGAAAUGGUUGCUCUAGAAAACCAAACUAUCACUGAAUUUGUCCUCCUUGGUUUCCAUGAUGUAGCUGAGCUGCGUCUCGUUUUCUUUGUUGUGCUCACCAUUGUCUACGUGUCCAUUGUCAUGGGGAAUGUGCUGAUCGUCGUGGCGGUGGUUAGCUCACGGAGGCUCCACACACCCAUGUAUUUCUUCCUGGCUAACCUGUCCUUCCUGGAGAUCCUCUACACCUCCACAGUGGUGCCCAAAAUGCUAGAGGGCUUCUUGCAGGAAGCGGCCAUCUCUGUGGCUGGUUGCUUGCUGCAGUUCUUUAUCUUCGGUUCUCUAGCCACGGCUGAGUGCUUCAUGCUGGCUGUCAUGGCCUAUGAUCGCUACCUGGCAAUCUGCUAUCCACUCCGCUACCCACUCCUGAUGGGACCCAGGGGGUGCUUGGGGCUGGUGGUCAUAGCUUGGCUCUCUGGCUUCAUAGUAGAUGGACUGGUUGUGGCCUUAAUGGGCCAGCUGAGGUUCUGUGGCCCCAACCACAUUGACCACUUUUACUGUGACUUCAUGCCCUUGAUGGGCCUGGCCUGCUCAGAUCCCAGUGUGGCCCAGAUGACAACAUUCAUUCUGUCUGUGGUCUGCCUCACUGUCCCCUUUGGGCUGAUUCUGACAUCCUAUGCCCGGAUCGUGGUAACUGUGCUCAAAGUCCCUGCUGGGGCCCAGAGGCGAAAGGUUUUCUCCACCUGCUCCUCCCACCUUGUGGUGGUGUCCACCUUCUAUGGAACUCUCAUGGUCUUGUACAUUGCACCCUCUGCUGUCCGCUCCCAACUUGUCUCCAAGGUCUUCGCCCUGCUCUACACUGUGGUCACCCCUCUUCUCAAUCCUGUGAUCUACACCCUGAGGAACAAGGAGGUUCAUCAUGCAUUGCGGAGACUUCUGUACGUUAAGCUCACCAAAACACUCAGCUGA